CUCUUAAAAUAAAUCCAUUAUGUGGGGAUCAUAAUCGUUAUCCUGUAUUUUGUCCACACACCUUGAACGUGUCAACCAACACGAAAUUAGAACUAAUUGAAGGAGUGUGUUGCGGCUUAAAUAUCGACGGCUGGGUAGGUGGAGCCGGAUUAAUUUUCAUGCCUCACGUUCGCAAUUUCCAUAAUAAAUCAGGAGUUAACAAGUUACCAGAAGAUGAUUACUAUCGUCGAUAUCAUACAUACUCAAUAUAAGGCUUUGACAUCAGGAAAACUGUUCAGCACAACAUUUAUUUUUGAAGUUGCAAGCGAAUAAUAACCAUCUCAAUCAAUUUUAGCUACAAAAAUAACUUGAAUCCUUAAACAAAUCCUUAAAAUAAAUCGUUAAGUACACAAUUUAACAGACAACAUUAGCAAAAAAAAUGGCACAACUACGACGAACUAGAAAAAUUUCACUUCAAAACGACUACGCCUACUGCAUUAUUUCUCCCGUAUCGCCAAGCGUUGUCCCAAUUCAAGGGUCAAAGACUACUAACAGAUAUUCAUCAUUAUCGAAUGAUCAACCACAAAUUCGUACCGAUUCAUACCAAGAUUCCCCCCUUCAUCCUCAUCACCUUUACAACAAUGAAAUUGAAGAAGCAGAGGAAGCAUAUUUAAGUCUGGAAACCAAUACUGAAACUCGUGGAUUUCGACGGUGGUCAUUCUGCAAUUUUCAAACGUCAGGGAUUCCUGUGUCCCCAGCAGUCUCUGAAGCCACUGCGCUUGAAUUUGGUGGCAACAAUUAUGACGGAUAUGGAUUCAAACUCAUGGGAGAUGGAAAUCUUAAUAAAGGAAAUCAACGAUCGUCGGGUUCAUUGAAUUCGUCCUCCAGCUCGUCAACAUCCCUCUCCAUCAUUUCCGGAAUGAUUUCCAAUAUUCCGGACAGAAUACGAAAAAUAUCCUCUGGAAAUAAGCUAGAUGUUGUGUCUUUGCAGAGGGAUGAAGAUGCUCGAGAUCAACUAAGAAAGUUGGUGGUUUAUUGACAAACUAAUUAUUAGUUCGUUAAGUAAUCGUAAUUAAUUUAGUAUUAAAAUCGCUAUGUUGCACUGCAUUGUAUUGUUUUCGUCUUAUGACGAUUGAAGCAACAAGGCUAUUGACAGAAAUCUGCCAAGAGCUACGUUCUUGCAGUCAGUGAAGGAAAAAAACUGUCAUUUUUCUCUUUCAUAUUUUCAAGUCAUAAACUUAACUUCGACAUUAUUUGGUUAUUGAGCUCAUUUGAACCAGUGCCAAGAUAAAAUUCAAACUUUCACAGCCAAAAGCGCAUCAAGUCAUAAGUUUUUAGUGCAUAGACUUUCGAUUUAAUCAGUAAAAGUGAGUGAGCACCUUUGAGAGAGCAAGUUUUCAAAUCGAUAUUCAUCUCAUUGAUUUUUAUUGGUACGAAUAAGUAGGUUUAGUUUGUCAGUCUGGUUCACUAUAGUCCCUCAAGAUAUAUUUGUAAGUGGUAUGCAAAUUGACCAAUUCAAAGGUGGCAACAAGGUGAUUUGCUGUGUGUGUGUAGCACUUGCUUAAUUAUGUAUGUAUGUGCAUUGUAAUUUGUUAAAGGAAACUCGAAAUAGUCGAAGUUAAAUUACGCCCUUAUAUAUUGUGACAAGUUGUUCGUAUGUUUUUUGUAGCUUGUCUGCCAUUAAGUCUGCCAUGAUGUGUUUAAAAACUCUUAAAUAUAUUAUUUCUUUAUUAUGAUUGCAAUCUCUAUUUCGCUUUCUUUUUCGUAAAUGAUCUGUUUAAGAACAAUCGCUAAAGGUUAUACUUCAGGUUGAAAAAUAAAUAAAAUAUCAGCCCUGUUAAAAAGUAAAA